AUGGAGGUGGCUAACCUCUCGGAGCCCAAGCGGGAGCCGACCCCCAGAGACGCAGUUCUGGCUGGCAGAGAGCCGCUCUUCUCGGUCUUUACAGUGUUGGUGGUGACGCUGCUAGUACUGCGGACCGUGACCACUUUCCUGUGGAACUUGCUGGUUCUCGUCACCAUCCUGCGCGUCCGCGCCUUCCAUCGUGUGCCACAUAACUUGGUGGCCUCAACGGUCGUGCCCAUGUCGGACGUACAGGUGGCGGCGUUGGUGAUGCUUCUUAGCCUGACAAGCGAGCUGUCAGCCGGGCGGCGUUGGAUGCUGGGCCGGAGCCUGUACCACGUGUGAGUCUCCUGCGACGUUCUGUGCUGCACUACCAGCAUCUGGAACGUGGCGGCCAUCGCCUUGGAUCGCUACUAGACUACACGCCACCUACAGUACACGCUGCGCACCCGCCAUCGCGCCUCUGCGCUGAUGAUCACACUCACUUGGGCGCUGUCGGCACUCAUUGCCCUGGUGCCGCUGGUCUUUGGCUGGGGCGAAGCGUACGAUGCCCAGCUCCAACGCUGCCAUGUGAGCCAGGAACCCUCCUACGCCAUCUUCUCUACCUGCAGCGCCUUCUUCUACCUGCCACUUGGAGUGGUGCUCUUCGUUUAUUGGAAGAUCUACAAGGUGGCCAAGUUCCGCUUUGGCCGCCGCUGAGCUGUACUGCCAAUGCUGACCACCGUGCACGUGAAGGAGGCCCCUCAGGGAGCUGAGAUGGUGUUCACAGCUGGGCGCCAAGCCACCGUGACCUUGCGAGUAGGUGGUGAUUCCCGUUGGGAGCAGGAGAAACAGGCCGCCAUGAUGGUGGGGAUUCUGAUCAGUGUCUUCGGUUGUUGGGUCCCCUUCUUCUUGGCAGAACUCAUCAGCCCUCUCUGUGCCUGCAGUCUGCCCCCCAUCUGGAAAAGCAUAUUCCUGUGGCUUGGCUAUUCCAAUUCCUUCUUCAACCCCCUGAUUUAUAAAGCUUUGAACAAGAACUACAACAAUGCCUUCAAGAGCCUCUUCACCAAGCCAAGAUAA